AUGGCCGUACGCGGUCGUAUCUCGGCUAAUCCACCCAAUUUCCCACUUCAUUAUUACACACUUUUCGCUUAUUCAGAUGGCUGUCCGAAAUUGGAGAUUCCCGGCCGAACGUUCCCAGUGGAUGCUCUUUUCCUCGAAGACGUGCUCCACCUAACCAAAUUCAACAUGCCUCCGGACGUGCUGUACAGGUUCAACAAAACCAACCAACGCAUGGCCCAAAUGCGCGCCCAGUCCGUCGCCAGCCCCCCAAUAACCCCAGACAUCCGACAAAACUUCAAGCAUUGGCUUAAAAGAGCCACCCCCAGACUGUCCCCUGGAAGCCUCCAAUUCCUCGAGGCGCUGGACAUCCACGGGUGUCCGCCGCCAGAAUUCGUGGCCGUAGUCAUCGACUACAUCAUCCAAACCACCGACAGCGGCGCCAUCCUAGCCUUUGUACCAGGUCUCGGUGACAUUUUGGACACAAUGAAAACCCUUCGAAACAUGAAUCCCGCAGUCUACGGCCAGGCUUCGGGUCGAGUAGUGCUCCACGGUCUCCACUCGCGUCUGCCGACGGCCCGCCAGCGUACCGUCUUCGAUCCCCCGCCUUUCGGAAAGCGCAAAGUCGUGAUUGCCACCAACAUUGCCGAGACUAGCAUCACAAUUGAAGACAUCGUCUAUGUGGUCGACUGCGGGCAAAUCAAGAUCACCACGUACGAUCCGCAAAUGAACACCUCUACUCUCGCGCCUGUUCUCGUCAGCAAAGCUAAUGCAGCUCAAAGACGCGGUCGUGCUGGCCGGGUGCGACCAGGUCGAUGUUUCCACCUAUUCUCCAGUUUUACCUACGAGCGAGUCAUGCUCGACUACCUGCCCCCUGAGAUCAUGCGAAUUCGGCUGGAGGAUAUUAUUCUUCGAAUAAAGGCCCUUGAUCUGGGUCCUGUGACCAGUUUCCUAGCCAACUGUAUGGACCCCCCGGCUCUUGAAGCGGUUCGUAGCACCCUCAAGUUUCUCCGCGACAUCCAGGCGCUCAAACCACCCAAUCCCUCCGGUCCAGAUUCCCCAACCGGUUCCACCUCCGUCCCUGUUGCCAGGCUCUCGACGAUGAAGAAGAAGCAGCGUGACCGUCUGGUGGCAGGCGCCAUUGAGGCCGGCAAGACGUCGGUUGCCGGGGCAAGGAAUCAGUCGGAGGAGGACUACGACAACGAUGUGCUCACUCCGCUGGGCCACCACUUGGCGAACCUCCCGAUGGACCCGCAGUGCGCGAAACUCCUCAUUCUCGGCACGCUCUUCUGCUGUCUGAAACCGGCCCUCGCGGUGGCCGCGUGUCUGGCCUUCAAGGAACCCUUCGAGGUGCCCAUUGGUUCCGAGGCGGCUGCGGACAGGAGGCGGGCGGAGCUGACUGAGGGCUCGCAAAGCGAUCACUGGGGCUUCUACGUUGCCCUGUCGGAAUACAUGGACCUGCGUGAACACGAAAAAUACAACUUCUGCAAGAAGAACUUCCUCAAUCGCAACACGAUGGAUGAUUUGUGCCGGCUAAUGCACGAAUUCGUCGGUCUGUUGUACGAGCGCAGGUACAUCACGUCGAUGGACAUGAACGAGAGCGCGGUGAAUCGGCACUCCCACGACGUCAGGAUCUUCCGCGCAGCCCUGGCCGGCGCCUUCUACCCCAACCUCAUCCUGGCCUCGGCUCGCAAACGGAAGUGGGUUCCGUCCGAUUUGCACAAAUUAACGCAGUCAGAGUGCAGCAUUUCGUUUAAAAAAGAAGAAAACAAGUUUUUUUCUCUCGGCUCCAGGCCAAAUGGUGUCUUGCCUGCGCCGAUUAUCAAAGGCCCCUCUUCGGACGAAAAAGUCGCCCUCCACAGCAAAUCGGUCAACGCCAACCUCCGACCUCUGGAUCACCUUUGGUUCGUCUACUUCCAGAAAAUGAAGCUCGAUCAUGGCGCGGCGUCGACCAUUUUCGACUCAACCCUCCUCAGUGCUCGUCCAGUGGUUUUCUUUUCUUCGAAACUCACGCAAACAACGGUGGGAUCAGAAGGCCUUCUUGUCGUUGACGGCUGGAUCAAGUUUAAGGCUGGACCUCGCGUGCCCCGACUCAUCGAGGGCCUGAAAUUGUGCCUAGACCGACUGUUGGAUAGCAAGAUCCGAAAUCUUGGCUCCACCAAUUGGGACCCUUCAAGUAUCGAAGGCCGCAUCAUCCAAACCAUCGUGGACUACUUCAUUAACGAGGCGCCACCCGCCUUCGAGAUUGCCGACCACAGCCGAGCUCCCGUCUGGAAACAGCAUCAGCAGCAGCAGCAGGGUGGAGGGAACGUUCAAACUCAUCACGGGGCCCAAACCAUGAAUAAGCCCAAGCGGUGA